UAUAAAUACGCUUCAACUAUAAAACUUGUUAAGUCUCACAUAUCUUCCUCCUCACUUUAACCCGAUAUAUACUCCAUACUUAGUGUGUUCAAAAACAAAAAAAAAUACUCAAUACUUAGUCAGAUACCAUAAAAAUAUGGCGAAGUUCACAACUUUCUUCAUCAUCGUCGCCCUCCUCCUCUUCUCCACGCUAACAUACGCAUCAGCCCGGCCUAUUUCAACCUCCGUUUAUCCAGAAGAAAUCUCCGUCGAGAAACUAGAACAAGGAGAGGAAAACUGUGAAGGUGUUGGCGAAGAAGAGUGUGUCUUGAUACGAAGAACUUUAGUUGCUCACACUGAUUACAUCUAUACCCAAAACCACAAUCAUCCUUAAACGACUAAUUACUUUAUAAUCGUUUGAACAGUUUGGUAAACGAUAUAUUGUGUCCUUGUAAUUUCUUUAUUAUUAAUUAGUCAAACUACAUCACAUUUGUAAUCAUCGCUGCUACUUAAAAUAUGAAUAUAUACUAUGGGUUUUGAUUAUUAA